AUAGCCUGAAAACACCACCAAAAAUGGCCGUCCUUCACCAUAAACACCACCUCUCCAUCUUCGUUCUCCUAUCUAUCCUCCUCCUCGCUGAUGCAAGAUUGAACCUUGACCAUUCGGACCUCAAAGCCUUCUCAACCAUCCAAAAAGACUUGGGCGUCAACAGUCAACGAAGCUCCUCCUCUACACCAUGCAACACCCCUGGGGUGUUUUGUGAGAGGAGGCUCUCUCCCAACAGCACCUUUGUGCUCAAAAUCACAAGACUCGUCUUCAAGUCUCAACGGCUCACAGGGUUCUUGUCUCCGGCAAUUGGAAGGCUGUCUGAGCUCAAGGAACUUUCACUAACCAACAACCAGCUCGUUGACCAGGUCCCUGCCCAAAUAGUCAAGUGCAAGAAACUAGAGAUUCUUGAGCUUGCAAACAACCAGUUUUCCGGUGAAAUUCCCUCUGAAUUAUCAUCACUUGUUCGUCUUCGAGUUCUUGAUCUCUCUAGCAAUGAGUUUUCUGGGAAUUUGAGUUUCUUAAAGCACUUCCCCAACCUGGAAAGUCUUUCUCUUGCAAAUAAUCUCUUCACUGGAAAGGUUCCAAAGUCUAUACGUUCAUUUCGCAAUCUCCAAUUCUUCGACUUCUCAGGAAACAGUUUUCUUGAAGGACCUGUGCCAGUGAUUGGCAAAGGUGAAUCCUCAAGGCCCCAAUACCCAAAACGUUACAUAUUGAAGGAGAAUACAAGUACAGGAUCAAAGAAUAAUUCUUCUGCAAGCAAAUAUACUGAACUUGCUCCAGCUCCUGCACCAUCAUCAGCAGCAGCACACAAGCACAAGAAUAGCAAAAGAAAGCUCGCCGGGUGGCUCCUUGGAUUUCUUGCUGGCUCAGUAGCUGGGAGCUUAUCUGGGUUCGUGUUCUCAUUAUUGUUUAAGAUUGUAUUGGCAGCAGUAAAAGGUGGAGGGAGAGAUGUAGGCCCUGCAAUCUUUAGUCCAUUGAUCAAGAAAGCAGAGGAUUUAGCUUUCUUGGAAAAAGAUGAGGGGCUUUCAAACUUGGAAGUCAUCGGGAGAGGUGGAUGUGGAGAAGUAUUCAAAGCUGAAUUGCCUGGAAGUAAUGGAAAAAUGAUUGCUGUAAAGAAGAUAAUUCAACCUCCAAAAGAUGCUGCCGAGUUAUCUGAAGAAGAUAGCAAGCUUUUAAAUAAGAAAAUGAGACAAAUUCAAUCAGAGAUCAAUACCGUCGGCCACAUUCGGCAUCGAAACCUUCUUCCUCUUCUAGCUCACGUGUCUCGUCCUGAUUGUCAUUAUCUUGUCUACGAAUUCAUGAAAAAUGGUAGUCUACAAGAUGUGUUGAACCAAGUUACUGAAGGGAAAAGAGAAUUGGACUGGUUAGCUCGCCACAAAAUUGCAGUAGGAGUGGCAUCUGGACUUGAGUACCUUCACUUAAGUCACAGUCCACAGAUUAUCCAUAGAGAUCUCAAGCCCGCAAAUGUACUUCUUGACGACGACAUGGAAGCUAGAAUUGCCGAUUUUGGACUUGCUAAAGCAAUGCCGGACGCUAAAACACACAUAUCAACUUCUAAUAUUGCUGGAACAGUGGGAUACAUAGCACCAGAGUAUCACCAAACACUCAAAUUCACAGACAAGUGUGACAUUUACAGUUUUGGUGUGGUACUUGGGGUGUUGGUGAUGGGAAAGCUUCCAUCUGAUGCGUUCUUUCAAAGUACUCGUGAAUUAAGUUUAGUUAAGUGGAUGAGAAAUAUUAUGAUAUCAGAGAAUCCAAGUCAAGCUAUUGAUCCAAAGCUGAUAGGCCAUGGGCUAGAGGACCAAAUGCUGCUAGUUCUUAAAAUUGCUUGCUUCUGCACUAGGGAUGACCCAAAACAGAGGCCUAACAGUAAGGAUGUUGGGUGCAUGCUGUCACAAAUCAAACACUAGUACAAGCAUGGAAGGCAAUGAUGUGUAAGAAACCAAGAAUAAUGAAGCAUGAAAGAAGGGUUGCUUCGUAAAGUCUUUUCAUUUUAUCUUUCGAAUUUGUAUUCACUGUUACUAUUAAGUUUAUAUCUAAGGAAGGACUGUAAAACGUGUUUCUUGUUAUUUGUCCAAAAUACAUAAUUUGAGUGUGUUCAAUCUGAAUUUUACUAAA